AUGCGGAUGUUAGCCUAUGGUGUCCCGGCAGAUUAUAUCGAUGACACUCUAAGUAUGGCUGAAACCACAUCCCUUGAGUGCUUGAGAGAAUUUGCAAAUGGCAUUAGAGAGAACUUUGGUGAAGUAUAUUUGCGAAGACCUACUGAAGAAGAUGUUCAACACUUACUUCAUAUAGGAGAGGCUCGUGGAUUCCCUGGUAUGCUAGGAAGUAUUGAUUGCAUGCAUUGGGAGUGGAAAAAUUGCCCUGUCCCUUGGAAGGCGCAGUUUACUCGUGGUGAUUAUGGAGUACCAACAAUCAUGCUAGAAGCUGUUGCCUCACAUGACCUAUGGAUAUGGCAUGCUUACUUUGGUGUUUCAGGCUGCAACAAUGAUAUCAAUGUGCUUAACCAAUCCCCUGUAUUCACUCAAGUACUACAAGGAAGGGCUCCAGAAGUUAAGUUUGAAGUGAAUGGCAAUGAUUAUGAUAUGGGUUACUAUCUAGCGGAUGGGAUUUAUCCUGAGUGGGCAACAUUUGUGAAGACAAUCCGCUUGCCCCCAACUGACAAGACAAAAUUGUUUGCAAAGAUGCAAGAAGGUGCAAGAAAAGAUGUUGAACGUGCAUUUGGAGUUCUACAAUCUCGAUUUGCUAUUGUACGUGGUCCGGUUAAUCUUUGGUAUAGGCAAGAUAUUGCUGAUAUCAUGUAUGCAUGUGUUAUAUUGCAUAAUAUGAUAGUCGAGGAUGAGCGGGAUUCCUAUGAGGUUCGCUUCGACUAUGACUAUGAUCAGGGUACCUUUAACAACGAAAUAGAUAAUCUAAACCAUGGGCCAAUUCAUGAAUUUGCCAGAGUGCUGGAGAUAGGCUCAGCAAUUCGUGAUCGAGCUACACAUCGACAACUCAAAGACGAUUUGAUAGAGUAUCUAUGGCAACGAUUCGGGGGUGGUCAGCCUUAGCUUGUAUUAGAGGCCCAACAAAUAAUUUGUAAUUUUAUUUCUAGACUAGUUUAUUCCAGAUUUGUUCACCAUGUACUCUGUAUGCUGCCACCAAAAUAUUUGUAUUGCUAGAUCUUUUAUUUUUCCUAAUGUUUAAUAUAAGAAGGCUGUAAUGGAGAUCUGUGAUAUUCCCUACUAUAUUCAGCUCAAAAGCCACCAAAAUACAAAGUCACAUACUCACGUACAGGGAACCCAUGAACAGCCACAUCUCACCUUGUGCUUCCGCGUGAACCCGCCCAUGCUCCAGACCUGCGCCUAGUACUCGCACAACGCCGCUGCCGCCGCUAUCAGCGUAGCGCUUCCUCGGCAUCGCCGGCGCAGUUGGUCAGCAGGAAUAGACCGGCGGCUGCGCCUCGACGCACUUGCCGGCGCAGUUGCUGCACCCCCCGCCACCACCAGCAGUCCACAUCCAGCUGCUAGAUCAACCGCCUCCGUCGUCCGGCCUCGCGCGAGGUAUUUGGUUCGCCUGGUCGCCGGAGACGGUCGAGACGAUGGCGUGGUUCCUGCAGCCGCUAGGGAUUGGAAUCGAUUGGGGAUUUUUUGCGCGAAGGGAAGAGUGUUCGGUGGUUAGAGGCAGCUGGUGGGCCCAUGGGCUUAGAGGCUCACAUUGCGGGAAGGAUGCAUUGGCUUAGAGGCAGGUGUAUGGGGCCCACCUUAGAGGCUGGGUUGCCUCUACAC